AUGGAGAGGUUUGUAGUGUUGGCAAUCCUGCUGCUGCUGCUUCCUAACACGGUGGGCAAAGCAGGUUCCAUUCAAUGCACCAAAAGUGAACCUCAGCGUGUCCUGCAUGAGUGGUACAAGCCAGGUGACAUCUUUAUUGGUGGAGUUACAUCUCACAUCAUUCUUGUUUUAUCUCAGUUAAGUUUUACAGAACUUCCUUCUCAAGAGUGGUUAUACGCUCCAAUAUUGAUCACAAAAUUCAUCCAGCAUAUCCUAGCCUUGGCCUUCGCUAUUGAUGAGAUCAAUGAAAAUCCCAAGAUCUUGCCCAAUGUUACUCUUGGCUUCCACAUCCAUGACAGCUACUUUGAUUCCAAGGCAACCUACGGUGCCACUUUGGACCUGCUCUUCAGAUCACAUCAGUUUCUUCCCAACUACAAGUGUGGAAGCCAAGCAAAGUUCAUAGGUGUUAUUGGUGGACUUAGUGCUGAUACUUCCACAUGUAUGGCAGAAAUCUUAGGCCUUUACAAGGUUCCCCAGCUCCAUUCAUUUCUUCAAAAAAUCUCUUUCAACAACAGUGCUGGAGAUGAAGUGACUUUGAAUGAACAUGGAGAAGUUAUACAUGGAUUUGAUCUUAUCAACUUGAUCACUUUUCCAAAUGACUCCUACACCAGAGUGAAAGUGGGAAGAUUGGAUCCUAAAACACUUCUGGAGAAAGAAUUAAUGGUGACUGAGGAAAGAAUCCAGUGGCAUGGAGAUUUCACUCAGGUACCCCCUACUUCUCUGUGCAAUGAUCCCUGCCAGCCUGGUUUUCAGAAGAUCAAGAAGGAGACUGAGCCAUUCUGCUGCUAUGAUUGUCUUCAGUGUGAAGAAGGAAAGAUUUCCAAUCUGAUGGAUAUGGAUGACUGCAUCAAAUGCCCAGAAGAUCACUAUCCAAAUGAUGGAGAAAAUGGGUGCAUUCCUAAAGUUAUACAUUUUCUCUCCUAUAAAGAACCUUUGGGGAUCACGUUGGCUUCCUUUGCUAUCACCCUUUCAUUGACUACGUCAUUUGUGCUAGGAGUUUUUAUUAAGCACCAGCAUACACCCAUCGUCAAAGCCAACAACCAGAGUCUCAGCUACAGUCUGCUUACAUCUCUCAUUCUCUCCUUCCUUUGUGCAUUCUUCUUCUUUGACCGGCCCAUAGAGAUGACUUGUCUUCUUCGACAAACAUCCUUUGGUAUCAUCUUCUCAGUGGCAAUUUCAUGUAUAUUAGCAAAAACCAUCACGGUGAUCCUGGCUUUCUUGGCCAUCCAGCCACAUUCCAAAAUGAGUAAGUGGGUGGGAAGAAGAUUGCCAAUUUUUAUUGUUCUUUCCUGUUCCCUUGUUCAAGCAGGCAUUUUGGCCUUCUGGCUAGGAUCCUCACCACCAUUCCCAGAUGUUGACAUGCACACAUUAGAGAGAGAGAUAGUCCUAGUGUGUAAUGAAGGUUCAACUAAAAUGUUCUAUUGUGUUCUAGGUUAUAUGGGCUUCCUUUCCAUUGUAUCUUUCUUUGUGGCCUUUUUAGCCAAAAAUUUACCUGACAGUUUCAAUGAAGCCAGGUUCAUCACCUUUAGCAUGUUGGUCUUCUGCAGUGUCUGGCUGUCCUUUGUUCCAACCUACAUGAGUACCAAAGGAAAAUACAUGGUAAUUGUGGAGAUCUUCUCUAUCUUGACCUCCAGCACUGGCUUGCUAAGCUGUAUCUUUUUCCCCAAAUGCUAUGUGAUUUUACUGAGACCUGAUCUGAAUAGAAGGGAGCAUCUGAUAAAGAAAAAGAAAUAA